AUGGCAAAAAGGUGUACUUUGUCUUCUGCCCCCCCAGUAUUUGAUUCAGGGAAAAGAACAGUAUAUACAGGUCCAGAUGGCACAGGUAAUUACCAACCAAAGGUACUGGAUUAUUGUCAUUACAUAGGAGCAACAUCUUCGCCAGUGGAGGGCACUAGCGAUGCCAAGUAUUUGUGGAGACCUGCACCAAGUAAUCCUCCUCCAUGGAUACACAGGCAUUGCUUUGUGGGAGAAAUUGGCUGGAGAACCAAAGAGUUUGGCUCACAUAACCAAAUUGGUCUUUCCCAGGGCAAGAAGAUUAUGCCUAAGCUAUUUCCCCCAGCUGAAGAAUUUGAAAUAAUUAACCAGUACAAAAAUCCCAGCAACAAAAUACUGGCUGGUUUGCAGCAGGUACGGAAGAAUUUUGCUAUGGAUACAUUUCUAGAUGCUAUAAAACAGGAAUGUCAGAAUCUCAGAGGAUUAAAUGUUGCAAUGAAAGUUUUGGCAAGAACUAAACAACAAAUAAAAAGGAAAAACAAGGAAAUGGCAGAAUAUUAA